AUGGCCUCCGGUGACCCCACUUCAGGCACACUGCUCCCCGCUCGCGCUAUGCUCUCUGUCCUAGCCACCCUCACCGCCGCAGGUGGCUACCUUGCCGACUGGAACGAAACCCAUGUCUUCAACCCGCGCUGGCCGCCACACGCCAAGUUUCACAACGGGCAGACCAUGUCUACGGGCCUCGGCCUGGGUCUGCUGACGGCGUAUUUCACCUGGCGUAGAACCAAUACAUCGACUAUGACGGGUGCACUGGAUAACCUGUUUAUCGCCACACUGUUCUCUAGUCUGUACUGGGUCACGCAGCUAAGUGCGAUUUUGUAUCCCGGCUCCGACUGGUGUGAUGAGGAAUUCAGGCAUUUGGGCACGCCGCAGAAGAGGGGUGCGCCCGUGCUUUUGGGUGCGAGUUGGUUGGCAUAUGGCGUAGGCUGGUGGAGGGCUGGCGGCGCGAAGGUGAAGGGACUAUGA